AUGGUUGUAAUGUGUCGAUUUUCGUUUAUUUAUAAAGGAUUAUUCAUGUGUCCGAAUUUUAAGGAUUUCCCCUGAUAUUUUACUCAAAAUGUUAUUGGUACCGGAAACAGUCGUAGAGAUGUCGAGGAGAUCGUCUCUGUCACAACUACCCGUAUCACGUGACUGUGGAAAAAAGGCAAAGUAUUCACCGAUUGGUCAAUCGAAAAAGACAGAUUCUCACGAUUUCGAAUUAACAAAUAAUUGCAAUUCGAGGAAAGGAGGUGAGAAAUGCAAAUGUACGGACAAUCAAGAAAGGUCUGGUGGAGAUAUGGCGUUUAGCGCCAUCUAUAGCGGUGGACGCGGCGGGAAUAUUUCAAAACACCGAGUAGUACAACAAGCAGACGACAGUAACAUCGAAUUACAAAAUGAUUCGGACACUUGUUCACGAUGUCGGAUGUCGAGCACAUCGAGUCAAAAUGGAAGUGAUACGCUGAAACUGAACGUCGGAGGGACAGUGUUUGAAACCUAUGUAUCUACACUGAAAAAGUUACGGACUUGUAAAUUGUCAAGAAGUUACGAAAUGAAGAAGUAUUAUCGAGAGGAUAAGGGAGAUUACUUUUUAGACAGGGAUCCUCAAGUUUUUUCCGUAGUUCUGAACUAUUUACGAACAGGAGAAUUACAUAUACCAACUUUUCUAUGUGGUCCUAUUCUGCAAAGAGAAUUCGAACAUUGGGGAAUAGAUGAAUUAGACAUUGAACGUUGUUGUUGGCAACCGUACAAUACUUGGAAAACGCAAAAUAGAUCCUUGGAAAAAUUAGAAAGUGAUCGUAAGAAGUCAACAACGCAAAGAGAUUUAAAAUGUGAUCGAAAUAGUCCGUCCCGAUGGAAACGGGUGCGGGCAAUAGUCUGGAAUGUCCUACAAGACCCGACCUCAUCAUGUGGUGCAAAAAUAUAUGCCUGGAUUUCCAUUUUAUUUGUUUUCCUUUCCAUAUUUUCAUUCUGUGCAGAAACGCAUCCGGCAUUCAAGGUAGAUAGAGGCAGCCUCAAGUCUUUCGAAGCCUUAUAUAGCAUUCAACCCGAUGCUACAUACUUAACGGAAGCGACUGUUACUAUUCCAAGUACGUUGAACAACACGAACUCAAAUCAAACUGCGAAUCAACAAGUUACUCAUCCUGCCUUGAAAAUCAUAGAUUUAUGUUGUGUCACUUUUUUCACUGUAGAAUUUAUCUUUCGGUUUGUCUUUUGUCCGGCUAAACUACAAUUUAUCACGACAGCACAAAAUAUCAUCGACAUUCUCGCUAUUUUACCGGAUUAUGUGGAGUUUAUAAUAUACAUAAUUAACCCGUCUGGAGAGAAAAUGCCUUUUAUGGAAUUUAUUGUGAUUCUGCGCAUGCUCAGAUUAUGUCGUAUAUUCCGGUUAAUUCGCCAUGUGCCUGGAUUAUGGAUUUUACUGUAUACAUUGAAAGCCAGUUUCAACGAACUUUUGUUAAUGUUUGUCUUCUUGUUGAUUGGCAUGAUAGUUUUUGCUUCGCUAAUUCAUUUUGCAGAAUCCGACAAAGGAUUUGAUAACAUUCCAAUUGGAUUUUGGUGGAGCGUUGUUACUAUGACUACGGUUGGUUAUGGUGAUAAGUUUCCUCAAACAGCAUACGGUUAUAUUGUUGGAUCUCUAUGCGCAGUCUCAGGACUUCUUAUGAUCGCGUUCACAGUACCAAUAAUUGUUAGUAAUUUCGUACUUUAUUACACGCAUGUGCAAUAUGGACUAGGAAAAAUCGAACGCACGAAAAGAAACGCGUUUGAGGAAGAAGAACAAGGUCUUAUAAGUGACUAUGAAAGUGAAACUGAGUGUAUUGAAUCAAAAGAGAUCUUAAAAGUAAAAGAAAAUGGCCACGGAAACCACGUGACUGACGGCAAUUACAAUAAAGUGUCAAUUUCAAGUGAAGACAACAGUCCAGUAUAAACAAUUCGUUUGUGUUGCAUUCAAGAUUUUUUUUUUCGUAAGACAUGUUAAUUAUUUAUUUCAUGGCCAUCUAUACAUCUACAAAAUCUCUUAAUUUACAUAUUGUACAUUAAUUUAUUUUAGAAAUAUUUUUAAAAGAAAUAUUCCAGUGAAUUAUUUUCAUCGCUUCAUGUCUUUAUUCAAAAUAUACGAUUUUCUUUUAAAAUAUAAUGCUUGUACAUUAUACAUGUUAUAUCAAAAUUCGUCAUUUCAAAAGAAGUGCUGCAUAUAUAAUGUACAUGAUCGAAGAACGAUGACAUUUCACGGUUAUUUACGCAUCAAAAGCCGUCUCGCUUAAUUAAUUUUUAUGCCCCACCUACGAAAGUAAAGGGGCAUUAUGUUUUCUAGUUUGUGCGUCCGUUCGUUCUUCCGUCUGUUUGUUCGUCGUACUGUUUCGUUCGAUUUUCCGCCUAUCCCGCUUCAUUUUAAGUUUUUGGUCAAGAUACCCAUGUUCUCUAUGAUAUGAUAUUUCUAAUUUUGAUACCAAAUUAAAGUUUUUUACCCUUAAAAGGGAUGUUCACUCUCUUGUUUUUUUUAGUUUUUUUUAUUUUAAGUCAGAUACUCAAAAUCUUCUUGUUUUACCCAUGUUAUAAAAAAUUGACUCGCUUUCUUUUUAUGAUUUUAAUGCAUAUUGUUUAAAGAAAUGUUUUGAAAAUCUUAUGAUAGCCUUUUUUCUUUUUUCGUAGUUUUUGAAAGAAAAAAGGUGCCACUGUUUGAUUUAUGCAAAGUUAAGAGACAAUUUUUCCCGCCAAAUUUUAAAUUGAUUGAAUAUCAAAAGCAAGGGUUCUUUUCCUUUAUUCAACAAACUCAGACACAUACAUCUAAUGUUUUCUUCUUUUAAGGUAGUACCCAACACCUUGACUAAAAUGAUCUAAAAUUAAUUUGGCUCUUUUAAUUUUCAUAAAAUUUCGACAAAAUGUUUACUUUGACCCUUUUACAAAAAUAUAAGAAUUUCAAAAAAUUUGAAUAAACCACUUUAUCAGAAAAAUUUGGUUGGUUAUAUAGCAGUUUGACAAACACUGAUUUUGAUCAUUGAGAAGCUUAAUAUUUCCUUAACAAUACAACAUGAAUAAAACGUUUAGCUGAUUGUUACAGAGUUAUCUCCCUGUAGUGUUAAGUACCACCUUAAGUUCCUAUAUUCCUAUUUAUUAUAUUAUCAACUUAAAAUUGUCAUUUUGAAAGCUUGCUAUUUUGAAACAGACGGUAGCGAAUAUCCUUUAUAUAGAAAUUACAACAUUACAUUUAUAAAAAUUCAUUACAUGGAAUAUGAGAUUUCCUUGAACUCUUAUAUUUCGUUGAUAUAUUUUCUUUUUAUUUGGACAGAAAUCAUUAUUUUAUAACUGAAACCAUAUUAUCUAACUAAAGGCUUUCAUUUCAAGUUCAUUCCGUUUAAUAAUUUUUUUAAUAUGACAUUUAUUUUUGCAUUAUUUUUGCUGUGAUCGAUAAAUUGAUCGCAACAGCUGGUAGCAUCCCUCCCACUUGUUUUCCUUAAAUAACAUUUACUCAUUUUACGCACAUUAUUUUUAGUUUUUUUUUACAAGAGGACGUGCGCAGUAAAAUAUACUCCAAUUACAAAUAGGCAGUACUCUAAUAAACGUUAUCUAAUUAACGUAGAUAGAAAUGUAUUUAUAAGUCACGAACUUGAAACCAAACGUUUUGUAUCAAUUAAUAAUUCAUAACAUUUUAUGACUUAUAUAUAUAUCUCUGACCGACUAUUAAAUACCAAACGACUAUGCAGGGGUUAGAAGAACAAGAAAAAUCCGUGUUGAUUUUUUCCAGGUCAAAAGUUUGCGACCGAAUAUUUCAAAUUCAAAUCUUUAUGUAGAGAAAGGAAGAGGUCAAAAGGCGGUGUAGACUCGACUAAAAAUUUCAAAUAUAUAUGGAUUGAAUAAAUUUUUGUUAUAGAGACAGCUACUGGUUUACGUGGUAUUAUAAUUUAAAAAUUUAGAAACAAUGUUUUGUUAAUGAUGUAAGCAGCCUUUUUGUGCAUACAUUCAGGCUGUCAAAUGGUCACUCAGUGUCCGUUAUGUUAUCUCUUCAACGUUUAUAAUAAAGUUUAUUAAUUUUAAAUACCCCAGCCCCUAGCAUCAACUUCGUGUUGCUUAUUCUUUAGUUUUCCAUGUUGUGUCAUGUGUACUAUUGUUUGUCUGUGUGUCUUCUUCCAUUUUUAGCCAUGGCGUUGUCAGUUUAUUUUCGAUUUAUGAGUUUGACUGUCCCUCUGGUAUCUUUCGACCCUCUUUUAGAGACAUGCGCACUUGGUACAAUAACAAUGGUAACGGUUAAUGAUAUCACAAGAAAGGUUACGCCAUUUAUUUAUUGAAAUCUGGGAAAAAAAACAAAUCUGAUUAAAAACACCAACUUGGCAGAAUUUAAAUAUUAUAAAGAUUCGCACCAUUACUCCUUAAGAACAGGAAUUUGAAACUGAGAAUACAUUAUUUAUCAUGUUAUGAGUAGUAAAAUUAACGAUGCUGGUUAAUUUAUUGAAUUUUGUCCCAAAAGGGCUUUAUAACAAUAAACAGAAGACGUUUUCGCUCGUUACCUAUACCCAAGGUGUUUCUAUUGUAAACGUUUCAUAAAAUAUUCAGAUUGGUGUCAAGAAUAAAUUUUCGAAUAGACUUUCGUUGAAGCACCAAUAGUGUAUAAGAAGUAAAAGAAAGUGUGUAAAUGUACCGAAAACAAUGCCCUAGUAAAAACGGGUUUCAGCAUUGGCAAUCAUACUAUAUAUAUCUAUCGAAAUGCAUGCAAUGAUAACAUUUUUCAAGGAAAAGAUUUGAUUUUUUUUCCCGCUUCUUCUUAUUACUUUUUUUUUUUUAUGAAACCAAGCUACAAAAUAAUUUUCCAUCUCUUUUUAUUUAUUUUUAAUGAAGUGAUUAUUCAGUUUUUUCUUUUUUAUGCCCCACCUACGAUAGUAGAGGGGCAUUUUGUUUUCUGGUCUGUGCCUCCGUUCAUCCGUCCUGCUUCAGGUUAAAGUUUUUGGUCAAGGUAGUUUUUGAUGAAGUUGAAGUCAAAUCAACUUGAAACUUAGUACACUUGUUGCUUAUGAAAUGAUCUUUCUAAUUUCAAAGCCAAAUUAGACUUUUGACCACAAUUUCACGGUCUAAUAAACAUAGAAAAUGAAAGUGGAAGUUUCACGUUAAAGUUUUUGGUCAAGGUAGUUUUUGAUGAAGUUGAAGUCCAAACAACUUGAAACUUAGUACACAUAUUCCCUAUUGUAUGAUCUUUCUUAUUUUAAUGCAAAAUAAGAUUUUUUCACCCGAUUUCACGGUCUAUUGAACUUGGAAAAUUAUAGUGCGAGUGGAGCAUCCGUGUACUUAGGAUACAUUCUUUUUUUUUUUCUCUUUUUGUUGUUGUUGUUGUUGCAUAUUGUUUGUUUUAACUUGUGUUGCAACAAUUACUGUAAAAUUAAUGUUUAUUAAAUUUUAUGACUAUGAAAAUGAAUAUUAAGAAGUUGUAUCAAAAAAUUGAGGAAAACGAACAUUUUUAUACGCAUCUGUGUCCAUCAUUUACAGAUACAUUAUGUUCUAUGGUAGUCAUUUUUAUCACAAUGUGUUCCUAUACUUGUGUAAAGUUUUAUUUACAUUCAUUGAUUAGCCAUCUGUUUGUGUAGUUUGUUUGGAAAUGUUUACCUAUAAUUUAGAAAAUAAUCAUAUACGUUAUAACAUUUAAUUUUAAUUGUAAUAUAUAUGGUCAUUGUUAUACUAUUACUGGCUACAAUUAAUAUCUUUGAUUGAUUUUGCUUAAGUAGUAACCUAAGUGAAAGUUGAGGAAGUCUUUUUUUUGUAGUGCUAUCUUCCAAGUGUAUAUCAGAAAAAAAUAUAAUGACAUAACAGCUUUCACGUCAAAACAGAAA